CCGGUUUUGGUUUGGAUGGAGAAAAGUGGAAGAGGGAGCAAAUGCAGUAAACCAGAACGUGUUUAAUUAAGAAUAAAGCAAACGUAGGUAAUUUAAUGAGAAAGCAGCUGCCUGUCAGCUUUGGCGUGCAUAGCUGAGCAAAGGUGGUGGUGGGGUGGUGAUGACGGCCUCUUAAUGUCCCCAAAAUUGAAUGAAUACCGCCAACUUUCCUCGCUAAAAUUAAAGCAACAACAAAUAUAGAAACUGCGAGCCAAUUUUUCUGCUGCAACCACACAACACACAACUUCUAAUUCUAUUACACGCAACACUUCUCCAUCAUCUCUUGAUAAAUUGUUUGUUAAUGGGUGGGUUUCUUUCAUUAGCUUUUUUUUCUUGGUUUGUGGCUUUUGGGUUUGGCAUUUUGAGAUCUCUAAGUUGUUUGAACAUGGGUUUUGCUGCUGCUUUUCAAAAGGGUUUCUUUGUUUAUCCGCUUUGAUUCAAGGAGAAAAAGAAACUUAAAUCAAAGAUAGAUGCUUGCUGUCUACUGUUUUGGUGGCUUCUUCAACUGAUACCAAGAUGCUGUUUUCUGUUGCAAGUUUUCAAUCUUCAACGGUAAAGAAUAUAUAGAUAUAUGCACAUUGUUUAUAAAUGUCAAGUUUGUGGACUUAAAGGCUCAAGAGGCUUUAUUGAUAUGAAUUAUUAAAUGAGAAAAAAACAGAGUGACGAAGUAAUCAGAGAGGGAGAGAUAAAGAAAUGGUGAGGAAGUGAGGUGGAGUCAGAUUUAUGCUUGUGGGGUGUCAUCAAAUUGUGAGUUGUUUAGUGCAGAGUGCCUGUUGGCUAUGUCUCCUGUACUGAUUUAUUGAGCCCGUGCUCCGUGGGCUUUGCCGCCGAUUUAGGCAACAGCCAUUUCUCAGUUUUCUUGUUAUAUAAGAGAUCCUUUUGUUAAAAAAUUACCAAAUCCCAUAUUCUCAAUUAUCCCUUUAAACACAUACUCUCUCUCUUAGUCACACUUCCUGCCUCGGUUGCUGUCAAGAUUCGGUCAUAGCUUUCAUGGAAUAUAUAUUCAGCCCUUAUUUUAGAUCCUUGUUGACAGUCAUUGAAGCCUGGAGAGUCACUUACAGUUAAAGAAUUUGGUCCCCACAACUGGUGUGUUAUUUUUCCAAUUCAAGGAAUUUCUCCUCGAGUUGGGGUUAUGUAUUGUUUCUUUGAGAAUGUAUGGUUAUGGUAGUGAGCAUAAGCUAUCAGUGAAGUAGUGGGCAAGGUUUUCUUUAGAGGUAGCACAGGAGAUUUUGGAUCUUUUACUUUGUCAAAAUGAAGUUUAUGAAACUUGGAUCAAAGCCGGAUUCGUUUCAGUCGGAUGCAAACAAUGUCAGGUAUGUGGCUAAUGAGUUGGCAACAGACUUCAUUGUUACUGUUGGGAAUGUAAAGUUUUAUCUGCAUAAGUUUCCGCUUCUGGCAAAAAGUGCUCGCUUGCAAAAGUUAGCUGCAACUGCCAAUGAGCAAAACAUUGAUGAAGUUGACAUUUUUGAUAUUCCUGGUGGGUCUGCUUCCUUCGAGAUAUGUGCCAAAUUUUGUUAUGGUAUGGUUGUGACUCUCAGUGCUUACAAUGUCAUUGCUGUUCGAUGUGCGGCUGAGUACCUGGGAAUGCAUGAAAACAUUGAAAAAGGGAAUCUCAUUUACAAAAUCGAUGUUUUCCUUGGCUCCAGCAUUUUUCGCAGCUGGAAGGAUUCAAUCAUUGCUCUGCAGACCACAAAGCCACUGAUGCCAUUAUGUGAGGAACUGGAGAUAAUGAAUAAUUGUGUUGAUGGUGUAGCUACCAAGGCCUGCAUUGAUGUUUCAAAAGUUGACUGGUCCUAUGGCUACAACCGAAAGAAACGCCUAGAAGAAAAUGGGAAUGAUCCAGAUGUGAAUGCUAUAAGAAACCAUUUGGUGCCGAAAGACUGGUGGGUGGAAGAUUUGUGUGAUCUUGAUAUUGAUUUAUACAAGCAUGUUAUUACGGCAAUUAAAACCAAGGGUAUAGUUCCUAGUGAAGUGAUUGGAGAAGCCUUGAAAGCUUAUGCUUAUAGAAGAUUACAAGGAUUAAGCAAGGGUGUAAUCCAAUACGGAGAAGCGAUAAAGUAUAAAUCAACUGUUGAUACAAUUGUGUGUCUGUUGCCUGCUGACAGAGGCGGCUUGUCCUGUAGUUUUUUACUGAAGUUAUUAAAAGCAGCCAUAUAUGUAGGCCUAGGAGACAUGUCUAAGGGACAGCUAAUCAGGAAAAUAGGACAGCAACUAGAGGAGGCUUCUGUGCAUGAUCUCUUGAUACCUUCAGCAGAAGGAGUGAGUAUGAUGUAUGAUGUUGAUACCAUAAAGAAAAUAGUGGAAGAGUUUCUGAUGCGAGAUCAGAAUGCUGAGGUUGAUUCAUUAGAAGAAGGCCAACAGGUACAGGAGAUUACAGGACCAGGGAUUUUGUCGAAUGCUUCCAAGCUGAUAGUGGCAAAACUGGUAGAUGGAUACCUUGCUGAAAUUGCGAAGGACUUCAAUCUACCCUUGUUGAAGUUUGUUGAGCUCGCUGAGAUGGUAUCUGGUAUCUUCCGGCCGGCUCAUGAUGGAUUAUAUCGAGCAAUUGACAUGUUUCUCAGGGAGCAUCCAGGGAUCAGCAAAAGCGAGAGGAAGAGGAUAUGCAAGUUGAUGGAUUGCAAGAAGCUCUCAGUCGACGCAUGCAUGCACGCAGUGCAGAACGAGAGACUUCCAUUGCGGGUGGUUGUGCAGGUACUCUUUUUCGAGCAGGUCAGGGUGGCUGCCACAUCAGGAAGUAGCACUCCUGAUCUCCCAAAAGAGCUCCGAUAUCUUUCUCAUGGGAGCUCAAGGUCUGCCUCUGCUGUUACUAAUCCAGACGAAGAUUGGGAUGCUGUGGUUACAGUCGAGGAGCUCAAGGCACUGAAGGCGGAGAUAGCAUCUUUGAGAUUAAGUAAUGCAAAGAGAAAUGGGAAUGGUAAAAAUGGUGUAGAUAAGGCCACAAGCAAUAGAAUGAAAGGUUUGGUGAAGUCGAAAAUGAUGUUUACAAAGCUUUGGUCAAGCAAAGGAGAAAAGAGUGAGAACAGUGGCUCAGAUUCAUCUGAUAGUCUUGGUUCUACAAUCCCAGAAGAAGCUAAGUCUACUCCAUCAAGAAACAGGAGGCAUUCUGUCUCUUAGUAUAAAUUAAAUGACUUGAGAGAGUUGAUUUCUGGUUGGCUUUUGGUUAUUUUAUCUAGUCUAAAUGAAUGAUAUUAACAACUUAAAAGAGAUGAGUUGUUAUUCUAAUUCAGCAACAUGUAAAAGCAUGUAUCAUUUUGAAGAAGAAAUAAGAAAGAAAACCUUAAAACUCUUCAUUCUGAUUUCAUUUUCUCUGAAAA